ACUCCUCGAACUGAAGUUACUACCCUUCUUCCUCGCUAAAGUCCGCCGACAGCGAAGGGGUUAAACUCCUGGAAGUCCUCACACGCCUUCCCCUCUUUUUCUUCUUCACUUUUCUCGCUUGUGUCUUCGUAAACCUCCCGCUGCCGUAGUCACAAGUAACCCAACGGUCUUCCUCGUCUCGCGCGCCCAACAGAGAGGAAGGUUUAGAACUGCUAGUGUUUCAGCGGACGAUGCGAAGAUCUUGACUGUGGCCUUGACUGAAGUUGUGCGACUGACAAGAUGCGAGCAGGUGCCGACGGACAAGCCAACAGCGCCCCCAGCAGCAGCAGCAACAAUAACAACAACAACAACAAUAACGUCAGCAGUGAGAACUCUGGGAACUCGGGCUCCCAGUAUGCUCUCUGUGCCCUCGGCGUGGGUCUCGUAGCUCUGGGCAUCGUGAUGAUUGUGUGGAGCGUGGUUCCUGCUGACCCGUCUGCCAACAACACCAGCGCCGGAGAUAGCGAGACAGGCAGCAGGAAGAAUAAAGCCUCGUCGGUGGCCUUUGUCCUGGUGGGGUCCGGGGUGGUCAUGCUGCUGUUGUCCCUGUGUUUGGGAAUGAGGAACAAACAGAGGGAGCAGAUGAGACUUCUGGAGGCUCAGAGCAAUGGAGCGGCCUCACCCAGGGAGCAGGAGCGCAGAGAGACGGCGGAGGAACAAGCCCAGCGUUACGCGGUCCCCUCGUACGAGGAGGCUGUCGGCAGUGGCCAGUACCCGGUCAGUCAGAGCAACCUUGAGCCCGGCGCUUCCCAGCUGCCGUCGUACGACGACCUGGUCAAAGUCGACGGGGUGCAGUUUGAGUCCGAGGUGCCAGAGGUCGCGCCUCCUUCGACGCAGCCCGGUCCUGCAACCGGCGGCGCUCCUUCCACCUCCAAUCGCAGAGCGGCUAAAAACAGCCGCAAGCUCCUCCCCAUCAAAAUCCGCCGGAUCAAGUCGGAGAAGAUGCCCGCCAAGUCCGGGGACACCCCUCAACCUGCCGCCGCAUUAAGCAUAGAACCGCUCACCCCGCCGCCGCAGUACGAGGACAAAGUUCCUCCUCUCUAAGACGGCAGCGAUGGUUUCUCAGAGACGGGACUCUCCACGAUGUGGUUCGGGAUCUGCCUCGCUGAGCCUGGGGCGGCUAAACUUGCUCUCAGAGGCACUUUGAAUUGAAAUCCAGCAGAAGUUCAAAGACUCUUUAUUCUCUCGCCUCUCGGAUCUCGCAACUGGACACAGUCGAGGCUCCGCUGAUGAUUCUGACUCACCAACUCGAGGAGGACUCCUCUGUGAGAGGACCUCAUCUCUUCAGAGUGAGUGGCUUGAGGUAACUCCACCAUCACUGACAGCUCGGUUCUCCUCAGUUAAGGAUGUUUUAACUGUAACCAUGAGCUAACUGACUUAGCUAGUGUCCCUAUACCUUUAUCAUGCUUAGUAAACAAACAUCAGCACCCUCGACACACUGAAAGGUUACACAAACUCAGUACACACCCUUUCACAAAAGCGAGACAAAAAUCCAUCGCUAUUGUUUUAGUCAUCGCAGGAGCAACCCACAGGUUUUCUUUUGUUUAUUCGUGAUGUUUGUUGCCGUGAUGUCGAUACACAGGUGACUCCUCUGAGUUGUUAGUGUUUAUUUUCAUAAAGUCUCACCAGUAUUACAGUCGUCUCCAUGGUUGUACGGGCCUCAGUCUAGAAACGUGUCGGAGACACCGUCGUGCUAAUGCCGUCUGGUGAACAUUGUAUGUGAUAGUUGUUUUCCAUGGAUUCACUGGCUGUUGCCCAAAACGGUUCUGAAUGAUCAGCACACAGUGUCGGCUACAAACAGUUCUUGAAACUGCUGAGACCCCCAAACCAUCAUGUUUUACUGCCAACGUCACCACUUCCUGUUCAAAUCAUUGGUCUGUAAACUUGCGACGGUUGAAGGCGAAAGAUCCACGGAUUCAUCGAUUUCGUCGCUCAAAAGAAUUGCCAAGAUUUUUGUGAGAUUCUACAAGUUUUUGCUGCACAAAAGUUCUGGAGAAGGAAAUGGCAGGCGGAGGAAUAGCUGGAGGGCUUCUCCCCCCUCCGUCGCCAUGGUGAACACAGUGGAGCGGUGAUGCUAGCGCUCUCUUCCCUGCUCCUUUAUUCAUGAAGAGGAACACAGAAGCUCUUUGACAGUGCAGCUGUUCCUCGCUUGCUCAUCUUCAUUCCUGCAACUAGUUUUUAUAUCUCAAGAGAAGUGAACUGGAGGAGAGUUAAAAGCGCCGUUUCAUUUCCGUAAACAAACACCAGACGACUGAAACAGUGAAGUAUUUCAACCGGGGUGUGAUCCCGAAUGACUUUUCAAGGUCGUCACCUCAGCAUUUCAUUUUUGAAACAUUUAUUUGGGGUUUUAUCUGCUGUUAUUUAUGUGGGAAAAUGCCAGCAAGCGGUGUCAGUGUUUGCAUAAAAUAUCUUGGUUUCCAUGCUAUCCUACUUGUUAGAACCAUCCAUUUUGGAUGUUCCAAAACUACUGCCAACAAUGAACCACCAGGUAAAAACCGACUUCCUGAGGCUGAAAACUCUCGCACUGCUUUCCAGUGUGUCCUUUCUGUUUCUCUUGUGCUUUUCAUUGUACAUACCGAACCGCCUGGUCGUCCCUGUUUGAACCAUAACUGGACUGGAGUGUGAAGUGCUGGAGUAUGAUCUGGAUGGUUUUCUCACUGUUUUACUCUCAUGGUGCCAAAAUCUUUUUUAAAUGUUAUUUCCAGUCACUUUCCCUUUUAUGCUGUCAUGUAUUGUUUUUGUUUGUACUGUGAAAUCUUUCUCUGAAAUCAUUUUUGGAAACAAAUUUUAUAAUAAAAAAUAUUCUUAAAGAAUUGAAUUUAUUGGUGUUUACCCGGCAUCAUUUCAGUAUGUUGUGAUCUGUUUAUUGUGAGAUUGACUUGUGUGUUGUGUUCAUUUUAAAGUUAAACUGAAUGAAAAAAAGCUGUUUGUGCAGGAUAUUUAUUUGCCUUCUGUUUUAUUCAUUGAUGGAGGUGUAAUAUCGCUGAUUUGUUUUUCAGUUUUUUGUCAUGAGCUGGCUUCAGACCGUGAUGGUUCAGGUUGGUGACGCGUCACAGAGUCAGCAGUGUUGUUAUCUUGGAGCUGGAACUGUUUGUAUUCACGAUUAGAUAGUGAUGAGGAAGCUCCUCAGUUGUUGGCCACAACCUGCAAGACCAUGAAAAACGGUUGAGUUUCUGGCGUUUUUUAUGGAGGGAUUUGUCUCACUUUGUUGAUCCAGUCGAUGUAGGAGCUG